GCGCGGUUAUCUCGCCACUCAUCUCGCUGCCUCUCCUCGCAGUGGCGGGGCGCGAAAAUGCCUUGCCGAGACAGCCGAUUUUUACGACCCAGCAAGAGGCCGAGCUGGUACAAUAUCCUGACUGUAAAUCGUCCAGUGGUAAUAUUGGCGAGGACCCAGACCACUUAAAUCAGAGCUCGUCUCCUUCUCAAAUGUUUCCCUGGAUGAGACCACAAGCAGCUCCUGGUAGGCGAAGAGGAAGACAAACCUACAGUCGCUUCCAAACCCUAGAGCUGGAAAAGGAAUUCCUUUUUAACCCUUAUCUGACCAGAAAGAGAAGAAUCGAGGUUUCCCACGCCCUAGCCCUCACGGAGAGACAGGUAAAAAUCUGGUUCCAGAACAGGAGAAUGAAAUGGAAAAAGGAGAACAACAAGGACAAAUUUCCCGUUUCCCGGCAGGAGGUGAAGGAUGGGGAGACCAAAAAGGAAGUUCAAGAGCUGGAGGAAGACAGAGCUGAAGGCCCUGCAAAUUAACUUCUUUAAAAUUUUACCAUAGACAAUUAAAACUAAUGAUCAAUAUAUGCUGGUGGACACCGCCCCUUUUCAUUUUUGGAAAGGACCUUACCUGUGUUUCAAGCUACCUUCAUGUCACUGCUCUUGAGGUUUCUACGCUUUGAGAGGGAUUUGGGUGUUUAAAAAAGUUUCUAGUAUGGCACAGAAGCAGUCCUUAUGCGGUCCUAUGAAAGGGUAAUUUGAUACUGACCUUGUAGCUGUAUUUUUAUAAUGGUAGUUUUUAACGUCUGAGCUGGUGAUUUGCCUCAACAACGUAAACUUCCUAAAGACUAGCACUAAAUAAUUGAAUAUAAAAUGCUUUAUUAAAACAAGUGCACUUGAACAGUUUAAAUCUUUUCUUUAUGAUGAGUAAAUUAAAAGAGGUCUAUUAAUUUUUUAAAAUUUAUGCCUGC